GUGGCUGAAUAUGACAGCUAAAACGUAUCGCUCGUGUCGGCAUGAUUUAAUAGAAACACAAAGCGUCACCAGGGAGAAAUAAGAGUCUAGUCGGCAAAUAUCAACUCAACUCAACUCAAGGUUGUCAUCCUGUAGGGGGCACUUAAAGGCUCAGAAAACAGGAUCCUACAGUGAGACACAUUCAAAACUCAGGACGUUUUUUCUUAUUAGAUACAUUUGUACAGAAAAUCAAUAAUAAUUUAACUCAGUUUACUCCAAGGAAUAGUGUGUAACCCACUUAUGGAUUUCCGCCACGUAAUUUUCUUUUUAAUAAUCUAAAAUUAGUCAUCACAAACGACUGUGAUUGAGCCAUUCUGAUCAGCGGUAAGAAAAGUAACAAGUAUCACGUGACAAAAACAGGUUCCGUUUCAGCAGUUAUGUGAUAACAAUACAAUAAUUUAAACGUGACAUUGAUAAAUGUUUGUUGCCUUCGAAUUGAAAACACACAGAAAAGAGAUUAAUUAGAAGGUAAAAGCGAAAAACGAUAGCAUCCGACCAAUUAGAGACAACAUCCUUGCCGCUAAGCCCCGCCCAUUUUGAGUCUUCUCAGUUUCAUCAAAGGCUUCUCUGUUUAUUCUGUUUCUGUUAGGUUGUCGGACCAUUUCAAGCAGCAAAAUGCUCACUGCUAACUUAGUUAAUUAGCGCUAAGGGUAAUAUUGUGAUUUACUACUGUAUAUAAAACGAGCUUUACACAAAACCUUAAGACCUUAAUCUCGAGUCAAUCGGUUCCAGUUGCUUAGUUAUCUUAAAAACUAGAAGUUGUACGGGACAUAAAUGCGGGUUAUCUAGUGUUAUUCUUGUAUAUAACACAUUAAACGCCAUAGGAAGAGGGCUAAUUCGUUGUCUUAUGUAAAAUCAUAUAAUAACCGCUAAACAAUGGCUGGAGCGGUAAGUCUAGAGCUAGACCCCAUCUUUCUGAAGGGACUGGGGUACCUUCACUCCAAGAGCAAAGACUCAGCAGAGAAACUCAAGGCCCUGCUGGAUGAGUCUUUAGCCAGGGGCAGUGACUCCAAUUAUAGGACAUCACUGAAGGAAGCCGAAGUGAGCAAGGUGUCAUUACCAAAAAUGACCAAACAAGACUCCAAAUCCUCUUCUAGUUCAUCAUCAUCAUCAUCCAUCACCAGCAGCAGCAGUAAAUCAAGCAGCUCAGACAAGACCAAGAAAGAGAGCGAGAAGAGGUCUUUGGAAAAGAUUAGGGUUGAUCCUGGGGAAGGAGUGGAGCCACCAAAAAAACCUCGUGUGGAAAAGCAGGACAGUCAUCCCUUGCCAAUUGCAUUUCAAACCAAGGACAUUCCCAUCCCGGAUUUCACGGAUAUUGAUGAAACCAAUGCUGACGACUUCGCCAUGGAAAUGGGUCUUGCUUGUGUGGUUUGUCGACAAAUGACUGUCACUUCUGGCAAUCAACUAGUGGAGUGUCAAGAAUGUCAUAAUCUGUAUCAUCAGGAGUGUCACAAACCUCAGGUUACUGACAAGGAUGUAAAUGACCCACGGCUAGUGUGGUACUGUGCUCGAUGCACCAGGCAAAUGAAACGAAUGGCCCAAAAAACCCAGAAACCUCCACAGAAACCAGCUCCUGCUUUGGCAACAGCAGCACCUAUGUUGAAAGAUCCACUAGUGAAGAAAGCUGAACUAAAGCCCAAACCGGAAACAACAGGUUCAUUCCAGGCCUUUAAGAGAACGGAGGUGAAGGCAUCUGUGGCAUCAGGAAACUCUUCCAGCAGUAGCUCGUCUUUGCCCCCAGGCCUUACAGGAUGGGCCGCUUUUACCAAGACCUCAAAUGUAGGACCUUCCAGUACCAAGUUGAGCACCAGUCAGCCAGGUAGCAGUAAAUCAACCCCACCUCCCUCGGCCUCCAAACCUGUCGGACUCUCUGCGCUGGCCAAUGUUAAGCCUGGUCUGGCUACUAAACCUUCAGGAAACAGUAGUGGUGGAAGUGGUAAUGGAAACAACGGCUCUAGCACGGUACCCAUGAAACCACCCCCUCCUCUCACACUUGGCAAGCAGGUGUUGAGCCGCUCAACGAGUGGAGAUAGCUUGGGGAAAAUGACUGUGACUGGAUCACAGUCACCUGGGGCAGCACCCUCUAGCAGCCUGGGAGGCAACGGUGGGUCAGGAGGCAAUGGAGGGGGCAACGGGGGCAAUAGUGGUGGCAAUAGCAGCAGCAGCAGCAACAACAACAACAGCAGCAAUGGAGCAAAAGCCUCAGCUGAUGGCAAGACGCCCACUUCCCAGGAGUCUCAGCUCAAUGCUAUGAAACGACUGCAGAUGGUGAAGAAGAAAGCAGCACAAAAGAAACUGAAGAAAUGAGGAAGAAAAAGCCAGACUAUUAUGUUAAAGAGCAAGUCAAAUCCUGUUUUUCAAAUCAAAUAUACUUGAAUUUGAAUGUUACUGGUCUUUCAGAAAUGGUUUGGUUUGAAGAUGUGCCUCAUUCUUUCUAAACCAGCCACAUUACUGAAAACAAGCUGCU